AUGGGUGAAGAGCAACCCUUGAUGAUUGCCAUGGACCUGACCAUCGCCGAUAGCCCUAAGGACGAUCUCCAAGCCUUCCUGCUGCAGUGGGCCUGGGAGAGGAAAGAACGACUCUGUCUGUGCCCCAGGGUGCUAGAGAUUCUGUCUGACUCCAGCUCUGAAACCCAGAAGGCUCUGCAAGUUGUGAAUCCGGACUCAAUACUGGAACUGCUGGUGAGUAAAUUGUGUCUAGGAGACACCGUGAAAACCUUUGCUUCUAUUCUGAGCAAGAUGAAGAAACUUCGCAUCCUGAGUUUCUGCAAUACGUGUGCCCACUUUGACACUUUCAGCUCCCCAAAUUCCUCGUGUUCCUCCCUCCAACUGGGGGCACAUCUGGGGCAGCUGCAGCAUCUCCAGGAGGUGCGUAUGCAAGAAAUUGUCUUCCUUGGUGGAAAGCUACCCGCCAUUUUCAGGAGCCUGCCUCCUUUGAAGGACUUGUUUCUGAGCUCGUGUAACCUGCAGGAAGCUGACCUGAGGUUUCUGUCCCGGUGUCCCUGCACCAGGCAGCUCAAGCACCUCUGGCUGAAGAAUUUGUCUAUGAAAAGCUUCAGUCCCGAACUCCUGAGAGCCCUGUUGGAACAAGUGGCCGGCACCCUGGAGAUCCUGGUGCUGGAGAAAUGUGAAAUCACAGAUGCUCAGGUCUCAGCCAUCCUACCAGCCCUGAGCCAGUGCUCCAAGCUGAGCUCCUUUAGUUUCUAUGGAAACCACGUUUUCAUGGACACCCUGCAGAGCCUCCUGGGGCUCAUGGCUAGGUUGGGCCACUUGAAUGAAAGCAUCUAUUCUCCCCCUCUGGAGAGCUAUGGACCCACAGGGAACUUGGACCCUGACAGGUUUUUUCAGGUUCUGGCUGGGUUGGCCCAGGAUUUGGGAGAUGUGGGGACAACCCCUAAUAAGAUCCAGAUCUGCCCAGGUUUCUGUGAUUUCUGCAACUGUUUCCUAUACUACUUCCUGGGGCCAGAUGGUUCCUGGGUGCUCAGAGAGGAGGAGUUCCAUAGCCAUGAGGCUCUGGCUGGGUAA